AUGUCUGAGAUUACAAAGGAGCUCAACCAAGCCAUUGACUCUGUGCUUCACUUUGAUGAAGUCACGAAAACAGCAAGUGGAAAAGUAUGUGUCAUCUGUGAUAGACUACUUAAGAGAAAGGAAACCAGGAAAAUCGGGCUUACAACUUUUCUAAAGAAAACCAAGUUCUUCAAAGGAGACAACAGCUUGCCUCCCAGUCUUCGAGCCGGCUACAGAUUUACAGUGCCCAAUAAUGCCGAAGCAAAUGCAACACUGUCCGGCUGUCUCUUAUCACCAAGAAGCAAAGUUGUGUUUGGUGGGAAAACUGCCAACAGGAGGCGCUCCCCCCAUGUCCUCUGCUGCAAAGAUUGUGGACCUGGUCUCACGAACAAGAAGCUGCAGAGUGGAGAGCUCCCAAGAUUUGCCAUUGCCAAUGGAAUGGCAAUUGGAACUGCACCUCCAUGUUUGAAAAGACUCAAUGAGAUUGAACUUGCUUUGUUGUCGCAGGCAAGAUUCAGAGGCCACCUGUUUGCUGUUUGGGGUGGAUCGCAUCGAAGCAUCAAAGGAUGGCACAGCUUCUAUGAAGUGGAUCCAGCUCACACCACAUCAGUGUUGCAGGCAGUAAAACAAUUCACUGAUUCAAACAACAUUGCUGUGGUUCUCUCUGGCCCAUUCACUCCAGAGCAGAGAGAAAGGGUGCUGAAAAAAAUGCACGUAAAUGUGGAAUGGGUAACAGAAGCAUUCCACUGGCUCAAGGAGAACAAUCGACUCUACCAUGACUUGGAGCUUCCAACCAUUGCAAAUCCAACAGUAAUUGAUAACUCUUACAAUGUGGAGUCAGAAAAUUCAGACAUUGAAAUCAAAGAGGAAAUGAAGGUUAUCUUUCCAGACGCCACAAUUCGAACUGCUGGGUGCGCUGAUGCCUCUGAAUUCGAUAGGGCCAUAGCUGAGAUCAGGUCAAAAUGUGCUGGAGCUCUACCGUACUUGACAUCAAGACCUUCUUCCAAGUUGCUCAGAGAUUAUGAGGAUGAAAAUUUGAUGCGUGCCUUCCCUUUGCAAUUUCCCUAUGGAUUUAGCUUUCACGACGACUUUAAUAUCAAGGCAUCUCAGAAUGGGUACCUGAGCCAUCUGAUAUCCUUGUCUAUUCCAUCAAUGCAUGAAGCAUGUUUUGUGUUAGUGGUCCACAACAUGUUCGAGCGAUGCAAGGCCCUGAACGGUGCAUUGCGGCAGGUAAUGGGUGGCAGAGAAAAAUGUGAUGUCAGUGAAGAGGAUCUCAAUGCAGCCAUUGCCUGUAAAUUGAAUGGACUUCCAGUUGUAAAUGGUCCAGGCAGCCGUUUUUUGGAUUCUGUCCAUUCCGUGAAAAAACAAAUGGCACACACAAAUGGUGCAGCUGCAGCUGCUCAGUCGAAAUUUUUAACUUUAACACAUCAUUAUGGCUGCCCAAAAGUUCUUUUCACUGUGUCCUUCGACGAUUCAUUGGACAUAAGGAUUUUGGUUUGGUCCGAAGAGGAAGACAGUCUCAACUGGAUUGCUUCAAUGGACAGUAUGUCACCAGAGGAAGUGGCAAUAGAAAUGGACAAAUGCAAUGCCAUUCGCUAUAAAUAUCCAGGCUUAUGUGCUUGGAACUUUGAAGAGCUUAUGGACGUUGUGCUGGAAAGCAUUGUUGGAGAUAAUGCCUUGAAAUUGGGUGUAUUUGGAACCCUCCUGGCCUAUGGACUUGCAGUUGAAGAACAAGGACGCAAUACACUGCAUGGACAUAUUCUGGUGUACACUACAGACUGGAACGACACUUUGAGAGAUUUAAGCUCUUCUCAUGACCAAGUUAGAAAGGCAGCUGGAAAGAAAGUGCUCUCCUUUGUGGAUCGUGUCAUCUCAACAGAAUUGGUACCCAAUGCACCAUGGCAAGAGGUCUAUUGCCCCACAUGCAACAAAGGCUUGCUGACAUAUGUGGAUGAACAGAAAUUGAGAAACCUGAGACACAAGGUCGGUUGCCAGGUGGAAAAGGGAAUUAUUGCAUCUUACCCCCUUUGCAAAGCUUGUUUCCAAGGGGAUGAACUUGCUAUGAAGCGGGUGUUACCAAAAGAACUGUGGAAUGUGCCAGAACCAGAAAGGAAAGCACAGGUGGCUUUAGAUGUUCUCAGGAACACAACUCCAACUGCAGAAGCAAUUCCAUCGGAACAAGCUAUUGCCCAUGCGUUUCUUCUGAAGAGACCAUUGCUAUCAACAACUACAAGUACAACCAUCACCUAA